UUCUCCUCCUGCAUUCCUCUUUAGACACAUUGCCCUCCUUCUCCCCUGCACAAAGCAAAAGCACGAUCAUGAGUAUUAUCCAAGACAAAUUAGCCAAUGAGUUUUUGCGGAACGGUGGCAUGGACCCAAAUUUUUCACCAGGUAUGCUUAUGUUCAGCCACCUGCCACCUGUCACCAGCUUUACACGGCUGGCCUCCCAGUCGGUCAUGGGAGAGCUUUCCCAGGAGAUGAUCAUGAAAAAAGAACGGGACUCGCCGCCGGAACACCAGGGCGCCAAUGCUGUUAACACCGGGGGCUUCCUCCACAGCAUGGGCAUUAAGCAGGAGCGGUUAAAUGAGCUGGAUUACCGCAUGCCCCUCUAUGGUGGGGGUGGAGGAGUGGCGAUGAACUGUGUUGGAGGGGGCGCGGGGAAGAGUGGCAACGACAUGCAGGACAUGUCUUUCGGUAACCACCACCAAAAUCACCAGAACAUGCUCCUGCAUGACCUCAAUCUCAGCAACGUCCGUAGCCUGGCUGAACCGAUUCCUGGAAGACCGGGUAAAGAGCCAAAAGAGUCCUCAGGUAGAAGAGGGCGGAGGAACAAUGGGGACGGGCAGGGAGGCAAAGCCCGAAGGAAACGUAACGAUGCUUCGAAGGCCAUGAUGUUGGAUCCAGAUGGAGCCUGCCUGUCCCCCAAUUCAAAACCACAUAUCUGCGAGCACUGUAAUGCUGCCUUCCGCAGCUCCUACCACUUGCGCAGACAUGUGCUCAUACAUACAGGUGAGAGGCCUUUCCGGUGCAGCCAGUGUAACAUGAGCUUCAUUCAGAAGUACCUCCUCCAGCGGCAUGGGAAGAUCCACAGUGGAGAGAAGCCUUUCAGCUGUGACCAGUGUAACAUGCGCUUUAUCCAGAAGUACCAUAUGGAGCGGCACAAAAGGACGCACAGUGGCGAGAAGCCAUAUCGCUGCGAAACCUGCCAACAAUUUUUCUCUAGAACAGACCGGUUACUGAAGCACAAACGGACUUGUGGAGAAGCCAUAAAGAAGGGCCUGGACCCAAGCAUGCUGGAGCUCAGCGAAGCGGAGCUAGGCCACGGCAGCUAUUCACUCACUCAGGGAAACUCUACCACCUCCGGACGCAAGAGGGCCAAGUCCAAAAAUGGAGAGGGCGGUGAGCGCAAGAGGAAGAAGAAUGCUUCAGCAGCAGCAGCCUCAUCCUCGGGGGGGAUGGCCCGAGACAUGGGCCUUCAGGACUUCGGCAUGGAGCACCCCUCAGGUUCUGGCCCCGCCAUGCAGGGCCGCACUCCCAAACUGGUCUUUAAAAAAGCUGGCCGUAAAGGCCUUGACAAGGGCCUCCUCUCUCUGGAUGACAGUACUGAUGGACAAAAACAGAAACAUGACUCCAUGGAUCAUUUGGAGGAUUCUGGCCUUGACAAUAUGGGUCUACUGCAGGGCAACAAGCAGGGGCCCACCACCAGCAGCAACUACGAUGAUGCAAUGCAGUUUGUGAAAAAGCGGCGCUACCUCCAUGCAGUUAACAUUGACUAUGGAGCCAGCUCUCUUCACAUGGCAAACCAAGGCAAUAGUGUAGUCCAGGGUUCCCUGGGGCAUGAGCCCACGCUGGCCAUGCUGGACUCGUCGCCUUUGGACCUCAAGCACGAUAAGUCGGGCAUUCCAGAUGAGGUACUGCAAAGCCUGCUAGACCAUUAUAGCCAUAAGCCAGAGGGGGGACACCACCAUGACGUGACUUUCGACUUGUCAGACCAUCCACACCAUGUUGACCUCCAACCAGCAGCCCCUGUUACCCCCGAGCUGGACGAUGACUCGCCUAAUGGGGGUGAUAAAACGGCAGUGAUGAGCGAGUACUCGAAAUUUCUCCUGCAAGCCCUGGAGCGCACCAGCCAUAGUGGGCCCUUCCCUAGUCUUGGUCCAACGGGGCCUUUCCCUCUCUUGUCCAAUAGCUCCAGUCCCACAGGGCCCCUGUUCUCUGACAAACACGUCUACUCCACAUCCCCACUGGAUUGUGUCUACCCGCCUUCUGUCUCUUCCCCAGUCCCAGUCGUUGCCCCGUCAUCCUUCUCUUCCUCGUCCUCCUCCAAGUCCCACUAUGGCAUGCUCGUCAACUCGCCCUCCCAGGCAGGUUACCACCUCGGUUUGGAACCUACCAGCCACCAGCAGCUGACCCCAUCUCAGGAGCUGACCGAGCAGUUGGAGAAGCAGCACUCGCCCGGCAACUUCAACCUACCUCCCCAGGACCUGACUGCCACAGACGGUUCCAAGGGGCAGCAAUCCAAGGCUGGAGGAAACGUUGCACCAACCAACGGCUCCAGCUACCCAGACCUGUCCUCUCUGAACCCCCCUAAAGAAACCAUGUACCAGAUUGAGAACUUUGCCCAGGCCUUUGGUUCCCAGUUCAAGUCAGGGCGGCGGACCCCUCUGGGCUAUGGCAGUGAUCCUGGGGCAGAUGUCAAUCAUCAAAUACGGACUCCAGUGUCAGAAUUCUCAGGGUAUACCAGUUUGUUAGCUGACGUCAGUGAGCCAGUGAGUACAGGAUCAAAAACCCAGACAAGCCAAAGUUUCAGAUAAGGGUCAAACAAGGUGAAUCCAGUUGGGGGCCGUUCUGUUACUGUCCAUACGGCCCCUAUACCCUUCCUAAUUUUGUUCUUGUAGCAAAGUUUUGUUUUUUAAACACUGCCAUUAAAUGUUAAUACAAA